UACGCAGUAGGGAGAAUAACGUAAAGGGUAAUUGGAUCAGCGGAGAGGGAGGAGCGAAGAUUUAUGUUCAUGUACAAUCCAUGUGCAUAUAUGUGUUUUCCAGUGAGCAGAGACUAAAUUUUGCUUAAUUUCAUCUUAGUUCCCUUUGGUAAAGCGGAGCGAGUUUCACGGUGCUACGCAAACUACAGUUUAAUGGCGCGCUUCGCGAGCGAAAUAAAGAAAGAAGCACCCGUCGGAAACUCUCUGUGUCUCUUUUAUGGAUACCAAUGGGCAGCUACAGUGAAACUCGACGCUUAAAGGAACCACGUAUCCGUUACAUCGCUGCUGUCGUCGUCUUCAUGAGAUUGCAACUCUAAAGCUCGGCCAUUCUUCGAGAGCCUUAAAGAGCAAAGGACGGCAGGUGGCGGUAAUUGUCGUUUCUACGUCGCAGAUGCAGUGAGAAUUUAAGUUAUAAGAGAGUUUAAGAUCAUAUUGCAUUCAGUUACCUGAACUGUUUUCUCCCCGAUAAUGGAAGCUGUGAAUGCAGAGGAGGCCGUGGAAGAUACUGUUGUACGAAUUGUCGAACAAAUAAGUGAGAUGUCACUCCCAGCAGUAGAAAUAAGCAACCCACCUGCGCAGCAGUUCAGAUCAAGUUCACGUGAAAGAAGCUUGACAGAGAAAGGUCUAGAGAUGCGUGAACAGGAAGCCAAGAAGCAAGAGAAAGCUUUCUAUAAGGCUUAUAACUUUUGGAAGGAGACUGCAAAAGAGACUAGAUCUAGACUGAAAAUGUUCUGUUCACGUGAGAAUCUUGAAAGAAUACUGCAAGACAUUCAAAGCAGGCAAAACUCAGUCUAUCAGCACUAUGAACCAAUACUGCGUAACAAUGCUACAUCUCCAGACAUUGUCAAUCGUAUGGAUGCUUGUGCUGCACUGACCGCUGAGAUCAGUGAUCUUGUGAGUAAACGGCUAGAUACAAUAGAUGAAGAUUAUAACGAAGUGCUUGUGAAGGAAAGAGUGAGACAAUUGCUAAAUAAAGAUGAGUAUGGAUCUGUCUUUGGAUUUACAGUAACAAACACAGUCACUUCAGAGUCAUCACAUGGAUCCUGUAAUCAAUCAAAGACUUCUUCCACGAUCUCAAGUAAACGAGCUGACGCAGAGGCAGAACUUGCAGCAAAACGAGAACAAGCUAAAGCUAUGCAAGAAAUCCAUGAUCAACAAUUGAAGCUUGAUAAGAUGGAGAGUGAUUGGAAGCUUUGUGAAACAAAAAUGCUUGCAGAAAUAAAACAAAGGGAGAUCGAAAUGCAGCUAAAGCUAGAAGAGGAAAGAAAACAGUUACAUCAGUUGCAAGUAGACAAAGACGUAAAGGUAGCAGCAGCUCGUGUCAAGGUGUAUAACGAUCUCGAAGGCAUCAUUCAAGGCAAUAAUGAAGAACUAGACACUAGCACUCACAUUGGCUGUCACAGGACAGAACCCACAUUUCGACUAAACCCGGAAGCUGAAUUGUUCUUACCCCAGCAAGCAGUCUGUGAAGAGCAUAAAGCCCAGACAUCCCGAGAUAAUGUUGCUCUUGCUCAAGCGAUAGCAGAUUCACUAAGCACACAUCGACUGCCUGUUCCUGAACCCACCAUCUUUGCUGGUGACCCCUUGAAAUUCAUAGAUUGGAAAAUGUCCUUCAUGGCCCUUAUUGAUCGAAAGCCCCUCCCACCUGGUGAAAAGAUGUUCUAUCUUAAGAACUACCUUGUUGGAGAAGCUCGCAAAGCGGUGGAGGGAUAUUUUUACAGAAAUUCUGAGGACGCAUACCAAGGUGCCUGGAAGGUCUUGCAAGAUAGAUAUGGGAAUCCAUUCAUACUGCAAAGGGCUUUUCGAGACAAGUUGAUGAGAUGGCCCAAAAUUGGGGGAAAUGACCCUCUCGCUCUACGAGACUUCACAGACUUCCUUCAAGGAUGUGUUGAGGCAAUUCCUCACGUUAAAGGACUAGCCAUUCUAAAUGACUGUGAAGAAAACCACAAGCUGCUAAAGAAACUUCCCGAAUGGAUUAUACGCAAGUGGAAUCGAAUUGUGGUGGAAAAGCUUGAUGCGUCAUGCGACUAUCCAAGUUUCAAACACUUUACAGAGUUCAUGCAAAAGGAAACCAGAAUAGCAUGCAACCCCAUUACUUCCCCAGUCUUCAUGAAUCUGAAAAAUUUAGAUGAAAGGUUUCCCAAGCGAGCUAAGGCUCUCAGUACAAAGGCUGAUGUGAAAGACUUCAGCUCUAAAAGGCUUGAAACAUCCAGCUUUAAGCCAAAGGUGACUUGCUUCAUCUGUAAAGAUGAAAAACACAACAUUGCUCAAUGUCCUACAUUUGCAGAAAGAACCAUUGAAGACAAGAAAACUUUCGUUCAAGAAAAUCACCUCUGCUUCGGGUGUCUCAGGAAAGGGCAUAUUGUUAAAGAUUGCAAAAAACGACAUAAAUGUGGAACAUGUGGCCGAAAUCACCCUACCUGCUUGCAUGAAGAAAGAGACAAAGUGCCUUUGAAAGCAUCAAGGAAAACUUCCACAGAAGUUCAAGCAAGUCAGGAAGUUCACAAAGUCAUGGCCCAUGUACUCACACAAAGUUCUUGUGCUACUUCCAGUAUCGUGCCAGUCCUCAUUUCUACAGUGGAAGAACCACAAAGAGAAGUCCUUACUUAUGCUCUACUGGACACGCAGAGUGAUUCAUCAUUCAUUUUGGAAGAACUUCUUGAUGACUUAAAUGCAAUCACUCAACCAGUGCAACUUAGACUCAGCACUAUGACAGCUGUUGACACCAUCACUGCAAGUAAAAGGGUUCGUGGGCUGCAAAUUCGAGGGCUUCAAGCAACAAACUCCAUUCAACUACACCAAGCAUAUACUAGAGACUUCAUUCCUGUUGACAAGUCUUAUAUCCCAACCAAAAACACAGCACUGCAAUGGCCUCACCUCAGACAUCUGGCAAAUCAAUUACCACCUCUUCAGAACUGUGAAGUUGGACUUUUAAUUGGAUAUGACUGCUCAUCAGCUCUAGCCCCCCUCGAAGUCAUAAUAGGUGGUGAAAAUGAACCAUUUGCACAAAGAACUGAACUUGGCUGGAGUAUCAUAGGCUUUUCUAAUCCACACCUAGACAGACAGGGAAAUCAGAGAUUUGUUCAUAGAGUUGCGGUGAAAGAAAUACCAGUCCCAUUACCCAACGAUGUUUUGAAGAUCCUAGAGUCUGAUUUCAACGAGAAAGGUUAUGAGGAUAAAACUGUGUCCCAAGAGGAUGUUCGUUUCAUACAGCAUCUUAGUGCCAAUAUCAAACAGAAGGAUAAUAGACAUUAUGAACUUCCUCUCCCUUUCAAGUGUAAUGGCCAACCCUCACUGCCAAAUAACAAGCGGCUAGCAGAGGCCCGUUUGCAGCAUUUGAAGAGAAGGCUCAAGUCUAACAAGCAAUACUCUGAUCAUUACAAGGCCUUUAUGGAAGAGAUCAUUAACAAAGGUGAUGCUGAACUAGCCCCAGAGAUACCUGAAGGAGAGACUGUAUGGUACAUUCCACACCAUGGGGUGUACCACCCUCAGAAACCAGAUAAGCUGAGGGUUGUGUUUGAUUGUUCAGCUAAGUUUCGUGGUAUAUCUCUAAAUGACACUCUUCUGACUGGACCUGACCUAAUUAACUCUUUAGUGGGAGUACUAUGUCGCUUCAGAAAGGAACUAGUGGCAGUCACUUGUGACAUAGAAAGGAUGGAGGAGACUUAG